ACCUGAACUCCAUCUAUGCUUUCUGAUGUACAGAUCGAUGACAAAGAAUUUGACAUUCCUCAAGUUGAUACUCCUCCAACACUAGAGAGCAUCUUAAAUGAGACUGAUGAUGAAGAAGAGUCUUUCGUUUUGGAGGAUCCCUUUCUCUUGAACGUUGAUAACACAGAUACACAUUCCUAUGACACAUCUUCUGUAGCGAGCUCUGACAGUGGGGACCGGACACAUCUGAAAAGGAAGAAAAAACUCCCUGAUUCUCUUUCACUCCAUGGAUCAGUUAUACGGCUCUCACUUCUGAAAGGAAUUUCUGCCCAAAUAGUAUCUGCAGCAGACAAAGUGGAUGCUGGCUUGCCCACUGCAAUUGCAGCAUCAAAUCUGAUAGCAGUGGGGACUUCCCAUGGGUUAGCACUGAUAUUUGGAAAAGAUCAAAACCAGGCUCUUCGGCUGUGUCUGGGCAGCACUGCUGUUGGGGCCCAGUAUGGGGCUAUCUCUGCUCUCAGUAUCAACAAUGACUGUUCGAGGCUCCUGUGUGGCUUUGCGAAAGGACAGAUCACAAUGUGGGAUCUGGCCAGUGGGAAGCUGCUACGAUCAAUAACAGAUGCCCACCCACCAGGAACAGCCAUUUUGCACAUCAAGUUUACAGAUGACCCGACGCUUGCAAUUUGCAAUGACAGCGGAGGCUCCGUAUUUGAACUGUCAUUUAAGAGGGUUAUGGGAGUGAGAACGUGUGAAUCUCGAUGUCUCUUCAGUGGCUCAAAGGGGGAAGUUUGCUGUAUUGAACCAUUACAUGCAAAAGUUGAGCUGAGAGACCAUCCUAUCACCCAGUAUUCACUGCUGGCCAUGGCCUCCUUAACAAAGAUACUGGUUAUUGGCCUGAAGCCAUCUCUGAAAGUGUGGAUGACCUUUCCUUACGGUCGUAUGGACCCUUCUAGUGUCCCUCUUCUGGCGUGGCACUUUGUGGCCAUACAGAACUCUGUGAACCCCAUGCUUGCAUUUUGUCGAGGAGAUGUUGUUCAUUUUCUUCUGGUAAAGAGAGAUGAUACUGGUGCAAUACAUGUCACUAAGCAGAGGCAGCUUCAUCUACACUAUGACCUCAUCAACUUUACUUGGAUAAACUCACGGACAGCAGUGCUUCUGGACAGUGUGGAGAAGCUGCACGUUAUAGAUCGUCAGACACAGGAGGAGCUGGAGACCAUAGAGAUCUCCGAAGUUCAGCUAGUCUACAACAGCAGCCACUUCAAAUCACUGGCUACAGGAGGCAACGUCAGCGAAGCCCUGGCAUUGGUUGGAGAGAAAGCUUGUUAUCAGUCCAUCAGCAGCUGUGGUGGUCAGAUCUUUUACCUUGGAACUAAGUCUGUUCACGUCAUGGCAUUGAGAAGCUGGAGAGAGAGAGUUGACCACCUCCUGAAACAAGAGCGUCUCACGGAUGCCCUGGCUCUAGCUUGGUCUUUUUAUGAAGGUAAAGCAAAGGCUGUAGUAGGCUUGUCUGGGGACACAAACAAGCGGAAAGCAGUCAUUGCAGACAGAAUGGUUGAAAUCCUUCUCCAUUAUGCUGAUCGGACUUUGAAGAAAUGUCCUGACCAAGGAAAAAUCCAGGUUAUGGAGCAACAUUUUCAGGACGUGGUGCCUGUCAUAGUUGAUUACUGUCUGUUGCUCCAGCGCACGGAUCUAUUAUUUAACCAGAUAUAUGAUAAGAUGGGUGAGAAUUCUGUAGCUAAAGGCAUCUUUCUGGAGUGCUUGGAGCCAUAUAUCUUAAGUGAUAAGCUGAUGGGAAUCACAGCUCAAGUGAUGAAAGACUUACUGCUUCACUUCCAAGACAAGAACAGGUUGGAAAAUUUGGAAGCCUGCAUUGUGCAUAUGGAUAUCACCAGCUUAGACAUACAGCAGGUAGUUCUUCUGUGCUGGGAAAACCAUCUCUAUGAUGCCAUGAUCUAUGUCUACAACAGUGGAAUGAAUGACUUCAUUAGUCCUAUGGAGAAGCUGUUCAAAGUCAUUGCUCCUCCACUGAAUGCUGGGAAGUCUCUCACAGAUGAGCAGGUGGUAAUGGGCAACAAGCUGCUUGUAUAUAUAAGCUGCUGUUUGGCAGGCCGUGCGUAUCCAUUGGGUGAUAUUCCUGAAGAUCUGGUACCUUUGGUUAAAAAUCAGGUCUUUGAAUUUCUCAUCCGGCUGCAUUCAACUGAGGGAUCUGUGGAUGAAGAGGUUUACCCUUAUGUUCGUACCUUGCUGCACUUUGACACUCGGGAAUUCCUUAAUGUUCUUGCUCUGACUUUUGAAGACUUUAAGAAUGACAAGCAAGCUGUGGAGUAUCAACAGAGAAUUGUGGACAUACUUCUGAAAGUCAUGGUAGAGAAUUCUGACUUCACCCCGUCACAGGUUGGCUGUCUCUUUACCUUCCUUGCCCGUCAGCUCGCCAAGCCCAACAACACAUUGUUUGUGAACAGGACACUUUUUGACCAGGUCCUUGAAUUUCUGUGCAGUCCGGAUGAUGACUCCCGCCAUUCAGAGAGACAGCAGGUCCUUUUAGAAUUGCUCCAGGCAGGAGGGAUAGUACAGUUUGAAGAGAGCCGUCUUAUCCAAAUGGCAGAAAAAGCUGAAUUCUAUCAGAUAUGUGAGUUCAUGUAUGAACGAGAGCUUCGCUAUGACAAGAUAAUUGGCUGUUACCUGCGUGACCCAGUGAGAAAAGAAGAAGUUUUCAACUAUAUUCACAACAUCCUGUCCAUGCCUGGCUACAGUGCUGAAGAAAAGCGGUUGGUGUGGCAGAAAGCUUUGGAACAUAUAGAGGAGUUGCUGUUGCUGAGCCCGUGUAAAGCAGCUGACUUGGUAGCCAUUCACUUCAGUGAGCAGAUUGAGCGCAUCAUUACAAACCUCCAGGACCAGUUCUUACUCUUUCAGUUUCUGAGGAGUCUACUUGAUCCAAGAGAAGGCAUUAACCAAGACCUGAUACACUUACCACCCUGCAUCUCUGAGCAGUUCAUUGAGCUGCUGUGUCAGUACAGCCCAGACCAGGUUCUGGAGACGCUUAAAGUCCUGGAAUACUGCAGACUGGAAGAAGCCAUCCAGAUAACCCAGAAACACCAGCUCCAUGAAGCUUCUUCAUAUUUACUGGAGAAGAAGGGAGAUAUCCAUGGUGCCUUUUUGGUUAUGCUUGAGCAAUUGCAGAGCAAGUUGCUGAUGCUUACACAAGAUGAUGAAAGCUCAGCUGAGCAACCCUUGCUGGAAAAUAUUGAAGAUACCUUAAUGAAAACAAUUGCCCUUUGCCAGAGAAAUUCACACAAUUUAGACCAGCAACAGCGAGAGGCCCUCUGGUUUCCCCUGCUGGAGGCUAUGAUGUCCCCACAGAAAUUGGCUGGUUCUUCACAGUGUCGAUACUCCGAAUCUUUGAAGAGUUUGACAAUGCAAGUGCUGAACAACAUGGCUGCAUUUAUCGCUCUUCCUUCAAUCCUGCAGAGAAUUCUACAGGAUCCAGUUUAUGGAAAAGGGAAGCUCGGAGAAAUUCAAGGACUUGUCUUGGGAAUGCUGGACACUUUCAACUAUGAACAAACUCUUUUAGAGACAACUACGAGUCUUUUAAACCAUGAUCUCCACUGGUCCCUGUGUAACCUAAGAGCUUCUGUCACUAGAGGGCUUACCCCAAAGCAAGAUUACUGCUGCAUUUGUCUACAACAGUACAAAAGAAGGCAAGAAACUGCUGAUGAAAUAAUUGUUUUCAGCUGUGGCCACUUGUACCAUUCGCUGUGUCUGCUGAGUAAAGAGUGUGGGACAGUAACUAAGGGCCUGAUGAGGUGGAUGUGCUAUAAAUGCAACUCAAGUAACAAGGGAGGAAAACUGAUUGAGAACUUCUCAGAACUAAAAAAAGGAAGUGGAGCAUCCUCAGCACAGACAAGUUCAGAGUCUCUGUUGGAUCCUCAGCAAAUCCAAGCUUUUGACCAACUCUGCCGACUCAACCGAGGAACCUCCAGACUGGCUCUGCUGACAGAACUGUCUCGCGGCCACGGCGGUGAAAAGCAUGGGCUGCUCAGCGUUUCCCACGGUGACCCAGCCACCAGCAGCGUCUUCCAGAAUGAGAACUUCCAGCUCCACCUGGCCCCCCCUCCGCUGGCUGAAGACUAGCUUGCUCUCCUACCUUCAGCCCUGGCAAGUUGGUUGCAGGUUGUGGUGGCGGGAGCCUUUCCACCACAGCGCUGGGCUCUGCCGCCUUCCCCAGAGCCCGCUGUGCUGAGCUGGGGGUUUGCAGCACUGGGUCAUCUCCCGGCUCUGCUGCUGCUUCUCACUAAACCGAGGCAGUGGUGAGGCAGCUGGGCUGGAAGUGUGAACUCUGGGGGCAAACCCAAGUGUGCCGAAGCACCGCGCAGCGCUGGCUGCCUGUGCUUCACCCGGAGGCAAAGCCUUUGCCAGAGCACCGAGUCAGGUCCACUCCCCCGGAGGGGCACAGCCUGUCCUGUGCCCAGAGCUUGUGUUUCACCGUGCUGUAGUGUUCUGGUGGAUGGGUGCCAUACCUGAGUUCUAGCUGUAAUAAAAGCAGCUGUUUUGCCAAGGCCUGGCCUCCUGAAUCAUGGCAGCAGCUGUGGGGGCUGAGGGCACAAAACAGGCAAACCUGGAAAAGGCUGAAGAAUGCAAAAACCAAUACAUGUGUGAGCAAACUAAGCUGCCCACAGUGUGUUCUUACAAACUUCCAUUAAAAAAGCCCUUGGUUGAACUUAGCUGUGUGAGCUGUGCAUGUGGGCAGUAGGUAAGGGGGCUGCUGGGUGUGCAGUGCUGCUGCCUACUGUUUUCUUAGGACGAUUGCCACUGACGUCUGGCAGAGAAAAUGCAUCUUGUCACUGCAGGUGAAGCACAAGCCUGCCCCCUGCCUUGUACCUAUGUUGGGGGGCUUGGGGGGGGGUUGGGGUGUAAAAAGGUGCUGCAGGCUCUCGGGGGCUGCAGAGGGGGAGGACUGGUGUGAUGGGUGCUGAUGGUCAGAGGAUUGUCAGUACUAAGCUCAACCCACUGGUCU